AUGGUCUCAAGAAAUGACGAUGAAUCCGAGGCGUUGAAAUGGAGAUUAGAAGAUGGUUUCCCUAAUUAUCGCUAUAAACAUCACUCAGAACGCCCCUACGUACUCUACACGCACAAACUAUACACUGAUGGGUUGGGUUCCAACACACCCGUUGUGUUGACUAGUUGGAUGCGAGGUGCACUCUCGCGCCCACAUGUCAGUCUCUUUCCACCGAAAUUUUCAAAAGGUUUUGCUGGACAUAGUUUCCAAGUGACGACGGCUAAUCAACCGCCUUUUAUAUUUCGUAUACAAAAACUAUCCACCGGCGGCACUACGAGCACCAAUUGGGAUGGCGUCGAAUAUCGUUUGCUCAACUUGAUUGCAUCGAAGCUCAAUUUUACACUGGAUAUAAUUGAAGUACCGAACCGAGCAGAUGGCAAUAGUGUUUCCGAUAAUAUAGAAUUGCAAGUUGCACGGCGAGCUGCUGAUAUCGGCAUGUGUGGACUAUAUAUUACCGAGGAGCGACUCACAGAGACCGACAUGUCAAUUGGGCAUUCACGCGAUUGUGCCAGCUUUAUUACGCUUGCAUCGAAAGCGUUGCCAAAAUAUCGCGCAAUUAUGGGACCAUUUCAGUGGCCUGUUUGGGUUUGUAUUGUCAUCAUUUAUUUGGGCGCAAUAUUUCCCAUUGUCUACAGUGAUCGAUUAACUUUGCGCCAUUUGAUUGGAAAUUGGGGUGAAAUGGAAAAUAUGUUUUGGUAUGUCUUUGGAAUGUUUACGAACAGCUUGACUUUCUCCGGCAAAUAUUCGUGGGCUAAUACGCAGAAGACAUCAACACGAGUUCUCAUAGGCUCUUAUUGGUUAUUUACGAUUAUAAUAACCGCCUGUUAUACUGGCUCUAUUAUUGCAUUUGUUACACUGCCAGCCUUUCCGAAUACCGUUGAUUCGGUGAAUGAUUUAUUGGGUCUCUUUUUCCGCGUAGGAACUUUGGACAACAGCGGUUGGGAGACUUGGUUUCAAAACUCCACGCACGUACAAACAGCGAAGCUGUAUAAGAAAAUGGAGUUCGUUUCAACUUUGGAGGAGGGUAUUGGCAAUGUUACACAAAGUUUCUUCUGGAAUUACGCUUUUCUAGGCUCUGCGGCGCAGCUGGAAUUCAUGGUGCAAAAAAAUUUCACCGAUGAGAACAUAUCGCGUCGUUCAGCGCUUCACCUCAGCGAGGAAUGCUUCGCGUUAUUUCAAGUCGGUUUUCUCUAUCCGCGCCACUCCGUUUAUAAGCGCAAAAUAGAUUCAAUGAUCUUAUUGGCACAGCAAAGUGGCUUAAUGAGCAAAAUACUGAACGAAGUCCGUUGGUCUAUGCAACGUUCCGCCAGUGGAAAACUGCUGCGCUCGUCAAAUUCAUUGCGCGAGCGCAUACAAGAAGAGCGACAAUUGACCACUGCCGAUACCGAGGGAAUGUUUCUACAAAUGGGUAUAGGUUAUCUAUUAGGUGCGGUGGCGCUCAUUUCCGAAAUUGUGGGCGGCAUAACAAAUAAGUGCCGUCAAAUCAUACGACGUUCGCGUAAGUCCAUUUCCAGCGCAUGGUCAUCGAGACGCACCUCUGUGGAUGAUGAAAAUGCGCUGCAUCGCACUGCAGCCGAACAAGUGGCGCACGAAUACCGCAAGGCAGCGAAACGCAAAGCUGAGAAAGAGUGCGCAGACAAACAAAGCUUUGGCGUGCGUGAGUUUAAUCUGACAAAAAAGACGCUGAAAGAGAUGUACGGCAGCUAUUACAAAAAGGAACCGAGCUAUGUGUUGAAGGAUGGCAAAUUACUGCUUGAAACGGAAGAAAUUUCUUCCAGUUCCGCGGAUUGUAAUUCACGCGAAUCAAGUGGCGACAUACCUGCAACAUUGAUACUACCACUGCAUUGUUAUGUUUAA